UAACCCGGCUGUGACGUCACGUGGUGACUGUAGCUGCCUGCCUCCAUGCUGGAGUUGAUGUAACAGGCGUGAGGAUUGAUCAUUGUACCGGUGUUUGAGUUUCAUUGAUCGGAUAAACGGCGAUCAGACAGAUCUGUCAGCAGACAUGUCGUACUGCAAGCAGGAAGGUAAAGAUCGCAUCAUAUUUGUCACCAAAGAGGAUCAUGAAGCACCCAGUAACGCUGAGCUAAUCGAAGACGACCCGAAUGAUCCAUAUGAGGAUCACGGUCUUAUUCUACCUAAUGGUGACAUAAACUGGAACUGCCCGUGUCUGGGCGGUAUGGCCAGUGGCCCUUGUGGACAGCAGUUCAAGGAAGCCUUUUCUUGUUUCCACUAUAGCAAAGAGGAGGUAAAGGGGUCAGAUUGUGUGGAAAACUUCCGGAGUAUGCAGGAGUGUAUGCAGAAAUACCCCGAGCUUUACCCCCAGGAAGAUGACAAUGACAGCGCCCCCUCUGGUGGGGCUAAUACUUCACCCAGUGAAUCUACUUCCACUGACUCUCUCCCUUCAUCCUCUCCUGAUUCCGCACCAGCAGCCACAGAAAACCCAGCAGCUAGCUAAUGUCACCCUGGCUUCAUUUCCACCGCACCUCACAGCAGAGACACUUUUGUGUAUGCAGAGAUCAUAUCAAAAUUCACUGGAUAACUAUGAUGCUCUCCAACUGGCUGCAUGAUGCACAGAGAUGGGGGAAGCCCUUAAACUUCAGGUUUUUUGAUUAGAAUAUUCAAAUGACAUUAAUGUGCACUUGAGGGACCUUUAAAUAAUGAGUUAGGGGAUCUGUAUGGUGAGAAUGAGCCCAUUUGAAUCAUCCAGCUUUGUAUUUUCUGGUUAUUAUUUGCUCCACAGCCCAAGCUAGUUUGACUUGUGUACAGAUCAAAGGUCGUUUGGCGGUUGUACUUUGACAACUGUGCACUUUUGCGAUGAAAUACUCAAAUAACAAGACUAUAUACAUUUCCUGUUUUGAUUUUUGUUGUAGAACAUGAUUAAACAAUUUUAUGAUGAAGAAA